GACUUUUCGUGGUUUCGCCUACACCGAGGCGAAUUUGUAUGUUGUGAAUUUGAUGAUUGUUGUGGAUUUUACUACUUCGUGUUUAUUAAAGACGGCGUUGGCAAGUAGAAAUUCCAUAUUUCGAUUUAUAAGGAACUCAUUUGUACGAACGAAAAAAUUGGCAGUGAUGAGUGAAAAUGAUGCGCCGGGGACAUCAAAAAAGCAGAGUGAUGAUGAAACGCGGAAUGAAGAUGCGGAAUCGGAAACCGAGGAGAAGUCUCGUGUAACGGGUGAUGUAGUCGAUAGUAUUCGGACGAACUUGAAUAGCCUCUUUUCCAAGCUUACUAUAAAUUCAAUUACCAGCCAACUCCUACCACAUCCACCCGCAAAGGUGUUAGAAGAUUUAACAUUUGAUGGAUUUCUGAAACAUUGGAAAGAAAAUGGUUUUAAACGAGUGAUCACGAUGGUCGGUGCCGGAAUAUCCACAUCUGCUGGCAUACCGGACUUUCGUUCGCCUGGUUCGGGACUUUAUCACAACUUAAAAAAAUAUAAUUUACCCCAUCCGACUGAUAUAUUUGAACUGGAUUACUUCAUGGAGAAUCCAAAGCCGUUCUUCACCUUGGCCAAGGAACUUUACCCUGGGCAUUUUACACCGACUCCGGCGCAUUAUUUCAUACGUCUUUUAAACGAGAAAAAAUUGUUAAUUCGGCACUACACGCAGAAUAUUGAUUCGCUAGAGCGUUUAGCCGGAAUACCAGAGGAGAAAUUGGUGGAAGCGCAUGGUACAUUUCAUACAAACCAUUGUUUAGAUUGCAACGAGUCAUUUUCAAAGGAAUGGAUGAAGGAAAAAAUAUUUAGUGACGUUUUACCGCUGUGUAAUAAGUGCAGUGGCACUGUCAAGCCGGAUAUUGUUUUCUUUGGUGAAAAUAUGCCAGACAAUUUUUACAGCAUGCCCCCGCAAGAUUUCGCAGAUUGCGACCUUUUGAUUGUCAUGGGCACAUCAUUGGAGGUGUAUCCAUUCGCAUCAUUGAUUGAUUUCGUUAAACCGAAUUGUGUACGCGUAUUUAUAAAUAGGACCGCCGUUGACAAAUUUUCUAGUCCAAAAAAUACGCGCGACAUUACUUUUCUGGGUGAUUGUGAUGACGGAGUGUGGCAAAUGGCCGACGCAUUGGGCUGGACCAGUGAGCUAAAGGCGCUGAUUAAAGAUGAAAGUAGUCAAUUUGAAGCAGAAAAAACGAAAGCCGACGUUAAACCAGAUCACGCGAAGAAAUAAAUUAGGUAAAAGUUCAAAUACUGAGAGUUAGAAAACUUCGUGAAUUUAUAAAGUAAAAACAAAACCUAUUAAAUGGAAUGGUAGCAAACUUCGGGUUGUGCAAUAGGGAUAUAAGUGGCUGAAUGUUAAAUAAUCCGUGCAUAAUAUUAUUUAGUACUAAAAUAUUAUAUAUAUUAUUAUAAAUAUUCUGCAAAUAGGAAAUUAUUUAAAU